UGCACGUUUCUGUGCGCCUUUGAUCUCAUUGAUCUUCUUCAGAUAGACUGCAGUUCCUUGGUAAUGAAGUGUGUGUGGGGGGUGGGGGUGAGUGGGGUUUUUUCACGUGCACAUGCACUGGAUGGAUGAUGGAGACAGUUAGAGAGAGUGGGGGAUAAAAAAAACAGGCGUGAGCUGCAGCAGUCCUGUGGAUUAGUGCAAGGUUUGCGGCUCUGCGUAAAUCAGCUGAGACGCACAUAAGCACGCGGGGACACGGACACACACACACGCGCACGCACUCUUAGACGUGCAUUGACAGAAUCGUGUCCUUGUGGGUCAUUAAUAACACCGCGGCUGCGUUUCCACUUGGUAACCUGGUUGUUUAUUUACGCACGGUUGGGUUGGUUGGUUGAUCCAAUGGCCAAAGGUAACGAAGACUCGGCAAAGGGCUCGUGGAAGAAGCAAGUCGAUGACAUCAAGAAGAUCUUCGAGUUGAAGGAGAUCCUCGGGACUGGCGCUUUCUCUGAAGUGGUUCUUGCUCAGGAGAGGGCCACGGGGAAGAUGUAUGCGGUCAAGUGCAUCCCAAAGAAAGCUCUACGAGGGAAAGAGAGCAGUAUCGAAAACGAAAUCGCCGUGCUAAGGAAGAUCAAGCAUGAGAACAUUGUUGCACUUGAGGACAUCUAUGAAAGCACAGACCAUCUGUACCUCAUCAUGCAGCUUGUGUCUGGAGGAGAACUGUUUGAUCGGAUUGUGGAGAAGGGCUUCUACACUGAGAAAGAUGCCAGCGCCUUGAUCAAACAAGUUCUGGAUGCUGUCAACUACCUGCACUCACUGGGCAUCGUCCACAGAGACCUGAAGCCCGAGAAUCUGUUAUAUUUUAACCCUCGUGAUGAGUCAAAAAUAAUGAUCAGUGACUUCGGAUUGUCGAAGAUGGAGGGAGCUGCAAAUGACAUCAUGUCCACCGCCUGUGGGACUCCGGGAUAUGUUGCUCCAGAGGUCCUGGCGCAGAAGCCGUACAGUAAAGCCGUAGACUGUUGGUCUAUCGGAGUUAUUUCUUACAUAUUGUUAUGUGGCUAUCCUCCUUUUUACGAUGAGAACGAUUCCAAACUAUUCGAGCAGAUCCUUAAAGCUGAGUAUGAAUUCGAUUCACCUUAUUGGGAUGAUAUCUCAGACUCAGCUAAAGAUUUCAUCAGUAAUCUGAUGCAGAAGGAUCCAGAGAAGAGGUUCACGUGUGACGAGGCUCUCCGGCAUCCCUGGAUAGCUGAAGACACGGCUCUUUGUAAGAACAUUCAUGAGUCAGUCAGCCGGCAGAUGAAAAAGAACUUUGCGAAAGCCAAAUGGAGGCAAGCGUUCAAUGCUACAGCGGUGAUCCGACAUAUGAAGCGCUUGCAGCUGGGCAGCAGUCUUGGCAGCAGCAUGGACAACACCAUGCACAAGACCCAGAACCAAGCACCCAUGCCUGUCAAAAGCCAGUCUAUUGAUGUGUCCUCCAUCAACCACAAGGACUAUGCUUCCCGUAGAGUCUCGAACUCGGGGCCGACUGAAAAGCGAUGCACGCGACCUUCGACCGUCACCACCAUCAUCACCGGGUCCAAGUAAAGCCGAUUUUCCUUUUAAAGCCCGACGGAAGGCUACUGUUUUUUCACAAUUCUUUGGUCACUUCUCAACACCUUCGUGCACCUCGUUCAAUCCUUGUUGUGCCAGUCGGUAGCACACUGUUCUAAAUGACGGUAACAGAGUAACAGAAGGUGCAAGUCCUCCUUGAGAAGUUUAAUCAAGUCAGUGAUGUGAGGGAAGACACUCAUUCGAUCAGCACUGCAGCCGGACAACCCGUGCAACAUGUUCCUGAUUUCAUGACUGCGUUUGCCUGGCGGAUUCGUUCAUGAAGCGAUUCGAAUUUGAAUGACGAUUUGAAGCUGCUUUUAGAAGCGUACCAAUUGUAUAGAGUCGCUUUACUGUGGUCCGUAGUUUAUUUUAGCCGGUCCUCGGUUUGUAUCGUAAUAAAUGAAAUGACGCACCAUUUUCACUCAGUUUAAAUGUCAAGUUAGGUGACUGUAUAUAGCAACGAUUUUCUUGGUUUUACCUGCAUUUUAAGGUUUAAUUGUGUUUGGGGUUCGUGAGUGCGCAGAUAAUCAAAUGCCAAUAAUGAUUUUUUUUUUGUAAGUAUUUUAGUCCGAAAUCUUUCAAUAAAUUUGACUCAAACGAUUAGAUUAUGAAUAAUCCGUCUUAUAUGGCUAAGCCCCAGUUUCCCAGAGCGUUUUACUGUACAGCCUGUCACGUGUUUGAACUGAUACUUGCUCAGCAGUGUUGCAUUGUGCUACAUGAAAAGAACACAAUGUUUUUUUUUUAUUUGCACUUAAAUCACAGCUUGUAACAGUUUUCUUUCUUCAGUACGUAUGGGUACUGAUGAACAGUAUAUUAAUGUGAUUUGUUUGAACAUUUGACAUUUUCCAGUAAUAAUUGCUAUGAAAUGUUAUCAGAGAGGGUGUAUAUUUUAAAUAUAAAUUACACCGAAUGUAUUUAUUUAUAACAGUGGGGUUUUUUUUUUAUCUUAAUGUAUGAACGUUUUCGGGAUUGUUGUACACCAUUUUUAUUAUGUUUUGUUAUUCUUUUUUUUUUAUUAUUAUUAUUAUAAUGAUAUCAUGAUAUAAAAAAAAAAAAAAUUGUCCCUCAAUGUAAAUCUUCACUUAGCACAGUGAAGAAAAAGUACAUUUGCUUAAAUAAGCAUUUCAUCUACAAUAAUAAUAAAAAUAUAUAUGGUGCUUUA